AUGAAGGUAUUUCUUUUUAUUUUUCUAGUUGGAAUAUCUAAAGGUGAGAUCAAAUUACGAGAAGAAACUCUUUAAAAAUGUUAUCUGGACUAAAUCAAUGUUUUUUUUAGCUGCAAAUGAGUGUAGAGAUGGGUGGAUAUUCAAUCCGGAAACUGCCAAAUGUUUUUAUAUAUCAGAAAGAUUUUAUCAUUUUGACGAAGCUAUGAAGUUCUGUUACAGUAUGAAUAAUUCAGUUCCAAUGAUGUUAACAUCAAUGGCUGAAAAAUCUGCAACAAUCGAAUUAACAAAUAUAACAAUGGUUCAACCUUGGAUCGGAGCUCGAAGAAAUGUUAGCGAUGGAAAAUUUUACCUCAUCGAUGGAUCAAUUUUGCAAAAAGUUUACUGGGCUCCGGACGAACCAAAAGAUCAAAACGGGGAUUGUGUCACUUAUCGAGGAUUAGGUCUUAUUGGUGAACAAGUCACUCAAUGUUACAAUUCUCAGCCAGCAAUGUGUAAAUAUCUUCCCGACUUAUGUAAUGGUGGGAAUUUUGGUGGGCCGUAUUCGAGAAAGGGAUCAAUACAAUCACCAAAUUAUCCAAUUCAAUAUUAUAAUAAUAUGAAGUGUUAUUAUUAUAUAAGCUGUGAGUUUAUCACUAUGAAUAUUAGAGAUAAGGUGUUAUUAAUUACAGCUCCAAAUGGAACUCAAAUUGUUGUUAAUUUCACUACAUACCAAUUAGACACAAUGUUUGAUCGAGUCACAGUUUUUGAUGGUUUCUCAAACGCAACAUCAAAACAGUUGGGAGUGUGCGUUGGAACCAUUUUUUUUGAAAAUUGGAAAACAACUAAAUUUUUUAGAGCUUCACCUUACAAUACACAAUUCGCGAGUACUACUAAUCAAAUGUUAUUGAUUUUCUCAAGUAAUUAUGCGAAAACAGAUAUUGGUUGGUCUCUUGAUUGGAUAGCUCAACUUUAUCAACCAAUAAUUGUUCAAAAUGGAACAAAUGGAACAAUGACCUCAUCGAAUUAUCCGAACAAUUAUCAAUCAUAUGAAAAUCAAUUAUACACUAUUGAAACAAAUGUUGGUUCUAGAAUCAAUAUAACAUUUGACGAUUUCUAUACUCAAGCUAAUUAUGAUUAUCUCGAAAUUUAUGAUGUUCAACGAAGCGAAUUUGUGUUGAUAGCAAAGUAAGUUAGAUAGAAAUGUAAUUUCUAAUGAUAUUUUUAAAUUUUUUUUAGCUUGUCUGGUUUACUCUCAACACCAUUCAGUUAUACAAGUACUUUACAAUAUAUGAAGUUGAAAUUCACUUCGAACGUUGUCACAGAAUUCAGAGGUUGGCAUGCAAGUUGGUUUGCAUUUUAAGAGAAAAGUGACAUUAUUUAUUAUGAUUAUUUUCUCUUUCAAACUUUCAUUUAUCAACAUCGAAAUGAAAUAUUUUAUGCAGAUUAAAUCUAAAUUUGAAAAAAUACUUAAUAGGUGGAGACGAUUGACUUCAAACAUUAAAUGUCUACACUUCACUUUCGGUUGUUUUUCUUUUUAUUUAUAUUCUUUGGGUUUCUUCACUUCUUACGACAGAAGGAAAUGGAGCCUUUUGAAAUUUUACAGAAUUCUCAUACUUUUAUUCAUUCUGCAUAUUAUUUUGAGAAUUCAAAAUCGUAAGUUCGAUCAAGAUUUUUUCGAAUUUUAUAGCAAACAAAAAAAAAUUAGGCUUGGAAAAAACGCGAUAGCAAUUGUUACUACAAUGAAUAAAAGAACUGCUAAUCGAAUUCUCGAUUUACCCAUAAGAAUUGUUGCAUCAAAUAGCUCAGUAAUUAUGAAAACCCAAGCUAAUCUUACAACCGAACAUCGAUUGGAAGAUCGAUGUGAUUAUUCAAUGAUACUGAUUCAGGCAAAUACAUUGAAUAAUUUGACAAAACUGGAGAUUGAAUCGUUAGGAGAAACUGUUCAAGUAAGUAACUUUGAAUUCGAUGGAAAAUGAAAAAGACAUUCAGAUUCCUGUCAAACAACCUUUGAAAACUGCACCAAAACAAGUUGUAUUCUGUGUUUCUCCGCAAUUUGCAGCUGAACAGUGGCAAGUUUUUCUUGCGCAGGUUCAUAUUUCUAAGUUUUAUGGAGCACAUUUGCAUAUUUAUGUUGUUAGUAUGAUUGAAGCAUAUUUCAAUCUACUACUUGAAUAUCAAAAAUUGGUUAGUUUCGGUGUAGAUUAAUGAGUCCAAACAAUAUAUUUUUAGGGGCUUAUUUCUAUUGAACCAUGGUUAACUAUUAAAUUUUCAAAAGUUAAUACACCUGUUAUGGAACCAAAUAGAAAUGUUGAACUUCGUGCACAAACUGCAGCUCAUACAGAUUGUCUUUUGAUGUAUAAAGAAGCUGCUACAUUUAUUGGAAGUAUUGAUAUGGAUGAUCUUUUGAUCCCGUUGCAAUCACAUUCUUCAUAUUAUGAAGAAUUCGAAAAAUUUUAUGAUGGAAAUAGAUUCAUUAGUGCUCUGAACUACAAUAAAAAUGAUUUCGAAGUUUCGAAGACUGUUUCAAUAAAGGAAUUGAUCAAAAGUGCAGAACCACUAAAUUCAACUGAUAGUGGAAAAUCAUUUGUUCGAUCCGAAAGAUAUAAUUCAACGUGGGCUCAUUGGAGUAGAGUUGCUGAUACAGUAACCCAAUAUGACGCAGAUGGAAAUAAAUAUAAAACACAUCUUGAGAAACUCACGUCAAAUGGUAUUUUUCAUUUGAGAAAAAUUAACACGGGAAAUUUUACUGGAUCUGGUAAAAUUCCAAUAAAUCCUGGAAAUGAGGAACUUUUGAUCAGCAUGGAAUCGUUGAACUCGAUUGAAGAUGAUUUGAAAAAACAUAUGGAAAUGCCAAAAAUUCAAAAAAUAAUCAAAUCUCUUCCAACCGAAGAUUUCUAUGGUCCAAUAAUUUUCAAAUGUUAUAACGAAUCAUUUUAUCAUGCGAGAGAUAUUGGAAAGUUGAGUCAACAUUUUGUUUGUAUAAAUGCGUACGAUUGUGAAAUACCACAAAGAGAUGAUCUACCUUGUAUUCAUUCGGAUGCAAAUUAUACAUCCGGACCUUUUAUGAUACCAAUAACUUAUCAUUAUGCAACACAACCAUUUUUCUCUACAAAAAUUGGAUGUUUACAGUAA